AUGGUCAAGCCACUGUCCUUCAAGGGCGACAAGCCAAAGAAGCGCAAGCGCACGCGCGCCGUUGACGGCGCCGACGACGCCGGCGCAGGCUCCUCGUCGAGCAAGCAGCUGCGCAAGACCGACAACGACGACAACAACAAAGGAGAUGAUGAGCCCCCCGCCGACGACGACACCUGGGUCGCGGCCGACGCGCCGUCCGACGUCUCCGGGCCCGUCAUGUUUGUGCUGCCGACGGAGCCGGCGGCGGCGCUGGCUUGCGACGCGAGCGGCAAGGUCUUUACCAUUGCCAUUGAGAACAUUGUCGACGCGAACCCGGCGACUGCUGAACCGCACGACGUUCGCCAGGUCUGGGUCGCGAACCGCAUCGCGGGCACGGAGCAUUUCCGCUUCAAGGGACAUCAUGGGAGAUACCUCGCGUGCGACAAGAUUGGCCUGCUCUCGGCGCAUUCAGAAGCCGUCUCGCCCCUCGAAACCUUUAGCCUCGUCGCCACCGCCGACACGCCCGGUACGUUUCAGGUGCAGACUCUGCGCGAUACGUUUCUUUCUGUAAAGUCUACUACUACGCGGGCUUCGGCGCGCGACGACGAGGUACGCGGCGACGCCGACGCCAUCUCCUUUGCCACGACGCUGCGCAUCCGCAUGCAGGCGCGCUUCAAGCCAAAGCUCAAGGCGUCCAAGGAGGAAAAGGCGCUCGCCAAGAUUAGCCGGCGCGAGCUCGAGGACGCAGUCGGGCGGCGGCUCAACGAUGACGAGGUCAAGAAGCUGAAGCGGGCGCGCCGCGAGGGCAACUAUCACGAGACGCUGCUUGACAUAAAGGUCAAGAGCAAGCACGACAAGUUUAGCUAA